AUGAUGACAGUAACAGAAAGUACUGCUAAUACAAUGUCUCAAUCUAUUGAUUAUAAUAAUUAUGCAGUGAAUCGUUCAUAUCCAACAACGACAUAUGAUUAUCGUCAUGACGAUUCUUGGGAGAAACCAAACUAUGCAACAUUUCAUCAUCAAUCAUCAUUAUUUUCAACCGGUGGUAUUCCAUCAAUAAAUAAAUUUUAUCAUCCAUCUUUUGAUACAAUUCCGAAUCUCAAUAAUACAAAUCCAAAUUUUUAUCGACGUCAUACUGAAUCAACCUUACAGACAUCGACUUCGAUCUAUUCGCCGUCUACAUCUAAUCCUCCUUCAAAUGUUCCAUUUAAUUAUUCAAAUCAUCCAUCGGGAUUAUUUUUUGGUUGGAAUAAUGGAUCAUCUUUAAUGCGUACACAGAGUGCUUCAUAUCAAGAUUAUUCUGGAUCAACUUCAUAUCCAUCUUAUAAUCCGAUGAGUACAUCAUCUUCACAAUUAACAACAAAUGAUAAAUCUACUGUCAAUACUCGAGUACCACAAAUGGCAUCGAAUAAUCCUUAUCCAUCGUUUUAUAAUAUAAUACCAUCAAUAAAUUUUUCAUUACCUCCUCCACCACCAUCCAUUUCGAAUCAAACAAUAUCACAAACAUCAAAAAUUUCUGUUCCGUCCAAAAAAAGCAAACGUCCACGUCUAACUGCUCAUAUUCGUAAUGAAAUUCUUAAACUUAAAGAAAAUAAACCGACUAUAUUCGUAUGGGAAAUUCAACAAAAUUUAUUACAAAAUGGUAUUUGUACUGCACAAACAUUACCAACUGCAACAGUUAUUCAACGAGUUCUUAAUAAAUCGUCGAAAAACAGUGUAACUAUUAAAGAAGAACCAAAAUUAAAUGUUAAUUUACCAACAAUAUUAAAUAGUGCAUCAUCAGUAACAAUAUGUUUAUCACCAUCACCUUCACCAACAUUAUCUCAUAGUGAAACUAUUUCUGAAUGUUCAAUUUGUCUUGAAUCAUAUCGUAGUGGUCAAGAAGUUAGUAUAUUGGCUUGUUCACAUGAAUAUCAUUCAUCAUGUAUUGGUGAAUGGAUGUUAAAAAAUCGUUCAUGUCCAAUGUGUCGAAAAGAUAUUCACAAUCAACCACAAUUUGUUACACUUUUGAUUUGA